CCUUCUAAUCUUGAAAUUUAUCCUCAAUCUAUCAAUGGGGACCAUACCAAUGAUUAUGGACAGGCCACAUGUGGUAACGAGAGCUAUGAUAAGGGACAGAAGCUCUGUUGCGGCCAAUAUUAUAACAAGAUCCUCUUGAACAAGACAUCCCCAGACCACAGGUGUUGUGGUCACCAACAGUUUAACACUAAGACUGAGUUCUGCUGUCCAACUAAUCUUAAAACGGAUUCUCUAUUUAUCAAAGGGGACCAUACCAAUUCUUAUGGACAGGCCACAUGUGGUAACGAGAGCUAUGAUAAGGGACGGCAGCUCUGUUGUGGCCCACUUGAUGACAAGAAGCUCUUGAAAAAGACAUCCCCAGACCACAGGUGUUGUGGUCACCAACAGUACAACACUAAGACUGAGUUCUGCUGUCAAACUAAUCUUGAAAUUUAUCCUCUAUUUAUCAAAGGGGACCAUACCAAUGAUUAUGGACAGGCCACAUGUGGUAACGAGAGCUAUGAUAAGGGACGGCAGCUCUGUUGUGGCCCACUUGAUGACAAGAAGCUCUUGAACAAGACAUCCCCAGACCACAGGUGUUGUGGUCACCAACAGUACAACACUAAGACUGAUUUCUGCUGUCCAAAUGAUCUUAAAAUGUAUUCUCCAUCUAUCAAUGCCACAGAUGUGCAACCACAGAAGAAUGUUUCUCUGCCCAAAUGCACAAAACCAAACUCAGGUAUUUGUGGGUCAAUGUGCUACAAUCCAAAGGAACUCUGCUGCUGUGAGAGAAACCACACAAAGUCUCAUUGGUGCUGCCCCUCAGAUAAACGUGAAGCUGUGUACAACCCAAAUACUCACAUCUGCUGUGAUGGCUGUGUGUCAGUGUUGAAGCCUUCGAAGGAUCAAGUUUACAUAUUCUCUGAAAAACACUCCUGGGUGGCAAAAAUCUUCUGGCCUAAGAAGAGGAUCUGCUGUGAUGGAUAUAAGUACAGACACACCAAAAGCGGAAAGACUAUCUGCUGUGGGAUUCAUGCCUACAACAUUUCUGACCCAUCAAAGAAAUGCUGUACAGGAAAACUGCACAACGUGACGAGUCAGGAAACAAAUAAAGUGCAGUGCUGUGGAACCUUUCUGAAAAUCUCAGAGGUUUACAUAUUCUCUGAAAAACACUCCUGGGUGGCAAAAAUCUUCUGGCCUAAGAAGAGGAUCUGCUGUGAUGGAUAUAAGUACAGACACACCAAAAGCGGAAAGACUAUCUGCUGUGGGAUUCAUGCCUACAACAUUUCUGACCCAUCAAAGAAAUGCUGUACAGGAAAACUGCACAACGUGACGAGUCAGGAAACAAAUAAAGUGCAGUGCUGUGGAACCUUUCUGAAAAUCUCAGAGGAAGUCUGCUGCACAAGUGAGAAGAAAGAGAAAAUCUACACUGCAAAAGCAGGAUUCCUCUGCUGUGGUCACAAAUACUACAACUCUUCUUUAUGGUCAUGCUGUACUGGGAGGCUAGUCAAGUCAAGUCAGAAUAGCAGCAAAACCAGCAAAACAGAAUCCACACUUCAAUUUGAUUCGAUCAAUCUGGAAAAUAAUCUUUGUAAUGAAAUUUUCAUGGGGACUGUGGAAAGUGUGUCUCUGAAGAGCAUCGUGUUCAGCCACGUGCUGGAAAUCCAUGGAAGAAAUGGUACAGUCAAGCCUUUGGUCUCACGCUACAUCUUGGAAACUCCUGAUCAUUGCAAGUUCCUCAAACUGACCCCUGGGAAGACCUACUACUUCAGUAAAAAUGAUGUGUUUACUGAUUUAAACCAUGACUCAGUUCUCCAGUCGAUCUAUUUCUUUCUGUCCAAGUGUUCUCAGUAGAUGACCACUGGUUGGUUUGUGACUUAACACAUGGUCAGUUUCUCAAUACUCAUAAUAAAAACUCAUUAACUUGCUUGCUUACUACAUUUGAAUAGCUCUUUAUUUAACCAGUAACACAACAUUAAUAACAUAAUCUCUGUCCACCUCGAAUAUUUCAAAUGCUGAUAUUUGCAGCUCAUUUACAGAAGUUGCUACUACGGAGUGUAAUCACUGAUGUAGUUAAUCCCACAUGGUGCAUAGCAGCAUAUGUUCAUUCAUGAAUAUAUGAAGUAGCAUUAACUACCAAAGUCAUACAAAAGCUUUAAAAGUAAAAGUGAUGCUCUAUCAGGUUCUUGACAGUUUGGAUCAGAAAGUGGCUCACUCAUUUUCCUCCAUAAUAUCUGAUACCAUGAAGCUAUGUGUUGUCAUAAGCUAAACUAUUUAUCAAUAAUGUUUUUAUUCUAGUUUGACUCUUGCAUUGUUUGCACGCGACCUUAACUUUAACAUUAGAAUGUUUACAUGUAAAUGAGUGAUUACUUCAAUGGUAAAGUUAAUAAAUUAUAAGGACUUCUGAACAUUUUUUAUUUUAUGGUGAUAUGCCAUGACCCAGAAUUAUAAUCUCAGUGGCAUUAUACCCCCCCCCCACCCACCCCCUUACCCUUCUUAAAUGUGAUUUCUGCACUGUAAAACUUACCGUUGUUGUAAAAAUGGUGGCUUUUAUACAUUUUUAGUACUGUAUACACGUGGAAAAUCUGGUGCAGCAGCAACUCACUGUUCUGAAUGUGUGUCCACGCUGAGUUUCAUGACUGUAUAACAUUCUUUUUCUUCAAUAUAAGACUGAAGCUAUACUUUGAAAUUACAAAUACUUCUGAUCAAA